AUGUCUCUCAGGGAACUUAAGAUAAAGAACGGUGUCGUUAUUCGUCUCUUCAAUGAAGAAAAGUCGUAUCACAAAGAAGUCGAGAAUCAAAAAAAGCGGAUCGUGAAUAUCACGGCGCAGGGCGCCGACGCAUAUGAUAUUGCUAAGCAGAAUGAAGUGUUAGAAGAGUCACAACAAAUGAUCCACGAAGUCAGAAAAAGUCUCAAUAAGGCUUACAAGGAGUUACAGGAUUUAGUUAGCAAGCAAGAUCCAUCAUGGUCCGGGACCGAAGAGUUAAAGCAAGCAGAGGAUAUUUUAAAAAAAGUUGGACCCGAGCUAAUUGCAGACUGA